AUGAAUAACUUGAUUAGACAAUCAAUUAAGGUUUCUAACAAGACCGUCACUGGUCUUAGAUGUUUCUCAACUGGUUUCACCAAGUUUACAGAAACACCAAUGGGAGUUUUUGCCGAUCAAUUAUUCUUGCAACCAGUCAACCCAGCAACAGAGAGACCAAUCAAGGACAUUAAAAUCGAUACUAGAGCUACUCUUACUCAAAAGUUUGAAAGAGCUUAUUUAUAUAAAAAGGAAUGGAAAUACGUUUCUCAAACUGAAAAAGCAAAUAUGAUUAUUAAAUUUAGAGAUUUAUUAGUUGAAAAGGUAGAAUCAUUGGCCAACGAUUUAACAGAAGAGACUGGAAAGCCAAUUACUCAAAGCAAGAAUGAAAUCAAGGCUGUUGUCGAUCGUAUCAACUUCUUUUUAUACAACUUUUCUAGCUGUCUUGCCGAGCGUUCCGUUCGUACCACUGACAACUUCCGCGAGUCGCUCUCGUACGAACCAUUGGGUGUAGUUGGUAACAUCUCUGCCUGGAACUAUCCAUUCUUUAUUGGUUUGAAUACCAUCAUCCCAGCCCUUUUGACUGGCAACACUGUGCUCUACAAGCCAUCCGAGUUUGCCUCGAUCACCGGUGUCAACAUUAUGAACCUCUUGUAUGAGGCUGGUGUCCCAGAGAGUGCCUUCCAAAUCGUGCUUGGAAAGUCUGUUAUUGGACAAUCAAUGUUAUCGUUGCCACUCGACGGUCUCUUCUUUACCGGCUCUUACAACACUGGCAAGCAUAUUGCCGAGACACUUGGAGGUCGUAUGAUCAAGACUCAACUCGAGCUCGGUGGCAAGGACGCUGCCUAUGUACACAAGAAUGUUGAUAUCAAGGCUGCUGCCCGUUCACUCGCCGACGGUGCCAUGUACAACACUGGACAGAGCUGUUGCUCGGUCGAACGUAUCUACGUCGACAAGGAGAUCUACGCCGAGUUUGUUGUCCGUCUCACCGACGAAGUUGCCGAGUUGCAGAUGGGUAUUGACCCAAAGAGCGCCUCGACCUACUUUGGCCCACUCACCCGUGGUCCAGCCCAAAUCGAACACAUGCUCCGUCUCGUUUCAGACGCCGUCGUCCGUGGUGCACAAAUCGCACUCGGUGGUGGUCAAGUCAAGGGUACCCCAGGCUACUUCUUCUCGCCAACCAUUAUUGUCGAUGUCGACCACUCCAUGGCUGUCACCAAGGAGGAGAUCUUUGGCCCAAUGGUCACCGUCCAACCAGUCAGCGGCCCACAAGAGGCUGCCGAGCUCAUGAACGACACCCCAUACGGUUUGACCGGCUCAGUCUACACCAACGACGCCUCCGUCGCCGACUUUAUCUGCGACCAAAGCAACACUGGUACCGUCUACUGGAACGCCUGUGACCGUGUCUCCCCAUACCUCCCAUGGUCCGGUCGUGGUCACUCUGGCAUUGGUUCGACCCUCGGUGUCGAAGGUAUCUUCUCCUUCCUCAAGCCAAAGGCCCGUCACUACAUCUCUGACAAGCCAGGUGCUUUUGGCGAACCAUCCAACUCUAAUAUCGUCCCAACUCAACCAAUCUCAAAGGAAAAUAUCUCUCAAUUUAUCGAAGAAUCUUAUGAAACUAAUAAGAAAAACUAA